AAUAAAACUUAUAAGCAACAUAUAACAUGUUUAUUGUUUAUUUACCUAAAAAUUCUUGUAUAAUUAAUUUGAGCAGUAUUAUUGUGUUGAAAAAAAAAAAAAAAAAAAGGAUAGAGUAAAGACUAAUAGUACCAUUAUGCGCAUAAGGGUAUAAGACUAUACACAGGUAUAGUAAUGACGAGUCAUUAACGUUAGUUUUUCAUAUAAAUACCCUAUACUACGCUCUAAAAAUUUAAUAUUUUCAAUUGUAUUAAUUGCGCUUGUACGUUGAAACAUCUCAAACAUGCAAAUCAAGUCAAUUUUUGUUUGUAAGUGUGUUGUUGCUGAAGCUGAAAAUUUUGCUGAAGCAGACGAACAGGAGCUAUUCGUCGAACAAUUUGGUCAGAUACAACCGCGAGUCCAUGAUGACGGGUAUUACUAUGACCCAUUGGAUGAAGAAUAUUUGCAGGCAGAAGAUGAGUAUGAGGAAGAAGAAGAAGAAGAAGAAAUUGAAGAUAGUAUUGAGGAUUCUGAUGAUGAUGAUUUAUCAUCAGAUCCUGAACGGAUCUAUUCUGAUCGUGACCUCAAACUUUUGCCAUGCAGUUGGUCAACAAUGACUCCAUGUAGAGACGCUUUUUCGCUACAAUCAUGGGAGUUGGAAUUAACAGAAUUGCUUCAGAACGAUUCUGACAGAUUUGUUAGACGACUGUACAAUGACGUCUAUAAUAUAACGUUGAAUCGUGAACUAGCGAGUAGCGUACCCGUGUUGUAUUAUAGACGUCAUUUGUUUAGGUCAAUAUCAAAUUUGUUGGGUCGGCUUGAAGAACCCAACCGUUUGGGAGAUUUGGUCCGUGCAAAUUUUUUUUGCUACACCUAUGAUGAGGUUAAACUCUCAAUGAAUAGGUGGAGUAGAAAUUUUGUAUGGGCCAACUAUAAAAAGGUCAACAUCCGAAUGGUAAUGGACGGAAGAGCGGUGUCUACUCACAUUUUUGUUUGCAACACAACUAGUCAAUGUGCUGAAAUGAUGGAGUUAAUGGACCGUCCUAUUGAAAUCGUCACAUCGCAUAGAGAAAUAUUCAGACAUGAAACCACUUUGAUUGAAUUAUGUAACUUUAAAAGAUGUGCACACUGCCUUAAACGAUUAAAUAUUUGGUUAAAUUUUAAUGACGUGCAAAAUAUCAUACGACGUUUUGUCAAACCUAUUGAUAAUAUUGACGAUAAUUACUAUGUAAUAAUGUUGUUUGAUUAUCUAUGUUCAUUAAAUGAAUAA